AUCGGAAAUACAACCCUUGUGUGGCAACAUAUGUACACAACACAAAUACUAUCCGAAAAGUAUUAAUGCGAUAUAUUUUUGGAAAGUUGUUUUGGUUGGCUCUCUGAAUCAACGGAUAUCGCAUCAAUUGCAAGGACUUUGGCAGGACAACAAAAUAGUCAGCCAUGGGUAGCAUCGAAAAGGCGUGUAUAUCCGGAUUCCUGUGCCGACUCUGCUCCGAAAUGCACCGAACAGUGAUACAUAUUUAUGGUGAUCAUGGCCAACGUCUGUGUCUUGUAGAGAAAAUCAACGGCUACCUCCCAAUAACCAUUUCUCCGACUGAUCCCUUGCCAAAAACCAUAUGCAAAACAUGUUUACAUCGCGUAGAGCAGCACUAUACCCUGUUAAUGCGACUUACGCGAAUGCGGGAGGAGCGUAAGAAUAAGUUACUUGAGUUUAAGCAACGCCGGAAUCAGACGAAUCCCUCGAGUUCCAGCGUGGAAGCCUCAGAUGAGGAGGACCAAGCGUCGCCAGGGACCCGCAAAGAGACUCGUGGGGAGACAGAUAUUGAAUCUAGCCAGCAGGCCGAGGAAUCCAACAAGCCCAGCCAAGAGACAACAGUGCCCCAACCAAAUAGCAGUGACAGUAGCCCUGGACCCAGCAAUAGAGACCCUAAAGAGACUGGUACCCGCAGCAGCACAGGCAGCAGCGCAACCACAACCACAACCAACCAGGAACUAACGUAGAUUAUGACUGUUGACCGCGUCUCCGCUCAUUGGAACUAUAUAUACGAGUACUUGACUAUGUAUAUAGAGACGUGUGCUUGUGUGUAUGUAUGUUUAGAUUGGAAUAAAAUAAGCAUUUUAUUUAA